GCAGUGACAUACAUAAUUCAUAGUCAGAUUUGUACUGGUCUUUUCUUGUUUGCCCUGCUGUGUUCAUGUCCCUGGGCUCCAAGCUGACAGUGUUUUGUAGAGGUGAUAGUGCUGACAGAAAUCCAGCCUCUGCCGGUACAAACACACUUGGAAAAUCAGUCUAGAUACCAUAUCCAGCAAAGUCAGCGGCACCAGGUGAAGCAGUACUUGACCCUUGACACAAAACUGUCCAGCCAGACUCUCUCCCUGUCCCACUCCCACACAGUCCAGCCCACAGGAGUGACCUCUAUUUUAAGGAACGGACACAUGCCUCCAGUCAGUGAUAUUGGCACACCAGAGAGUCCCGUGACCAAGCUUCUGGCCCUUGGAGGAGAACAUGAAAAUGCGAUGGAAGAAGUUAUUGAAGACAUAAUCAAUAUGGAAUCCAGCUUUAAUGAUGAUGGGAUAGGUUGCUCUGAAACACCUCUUCUGAUGCAAAGAACUCUAUCUAGCAGCAUUUUGGAUAUAUAUAACAGUGACCAGGGAAUGGCACCAGCUAAUAUGAGUCUCACAACUGCUUCUUGUCCAGCUAAUCUACCAGUAAAAAGGGAACUCACAGAAGCAGAUACGCGAGCAAUGGCCAAGGAGAGACAAAAAAAGGAUAACCACAAUCUCAUUGAGAGAAGAAGAAGGUAUAACAUUAAUUACCGAAUCAAGGAGCUUGGCACACUCAUCCCCAAGUCUAAUGAUCCUGAUAUGCGCUGGAACAAAGGAACUAUUUUAAAAGCAUCAGUGGAGUACAUCAAGUGGCUACAAAAAGAACAACAGAGAGCCAGAGAAUUAGAACACAGACAGAAGAAAUUAGAGCACGCUAACAGAAGACUUCUACUCCGAAUUCAGGAACUAGAGAUCCAGGCACGUGCGCAUGGCCUUCCAGUCAUGUCUUCACUCAAUGCAGUAGAUUUAGCUGCUCAGGUCACCAAGCAACAGUCAUAUCCAGAGGAGAACUCUGUAGACUACUCUCAUCAAAUGCCUCUGGCUCAUGGACCAAAUUCUGAUGUUUGUGAUGGAUCUACAGCCUUUUCUGAUCCACUUUCCCACUUCACCGAUUUGUCCUUCAGCGCAGCUCUAAAAGAAGAGCAACGACUAGAGGAAAUUUUAUUGGAUGACACAGUAUCACCAUUUGGAGCAGACCCUCUCUUGUCCUCCACAUCCCCAGCUGCAUCAAAAGAGAGCAGCAGGAGAAGCAGCUUUAGCACAGAUGAUGGAGACGAUUUAUAAAAGCAGAAAGGGCCUCGCAUUUCCUUGAACCACUUGCUAACAGACUGAGUUGAACAUAAGCAUGGUGUGUGUGCUUGUUCCAAAUAUGAAUAUGGAAAACCACUGUGAAGAUAACAGGCAAGGCUUAAAUCAGCAUUUACUUCACAGGAAAAGGAGAUAUACAUGGAUUCAGAUCACUGUGCCCCAGAUUCACAUCAUCUGUUCACAGCUGACAUUUGCACAAAUCUUUCUUCCCUGGAAACCUUUUUACUACUGUUCCACGACUUUUUAUAGCAGUAUGAAAAUGCUUUCCACAAAAGGAAUGUCUGUGUUACACAAACGUGUUCAGACUCUGUCUUCAGUCUGCAUUUACAUUUAUCUGUUAUAUAUGUGCUGCUUAGUAAUUUGCUAUUUUUUUUAUAACAAUGAGAAUAUUGUGUUAAAAAUUCUACAAAACAUGAGAAACAGUAGGAGAAUGUGUAAACUGGGAACUGUAGAAUGAUACAUGUUUUAAAAUCUGAAAAAAAAAAAAUAGUAAUUCAUUUGCACAAGUGAAGUGAGCAUGAAUUUAAAGCCACAUAGAUUUCCUGUAAUGAUACAGGAGAAAAAUAGAAACUAACAUAAUGACAGAAACACAAAGAAAUCCAAACAGAAAAAGGUGAUGUUUCAGUAGAAAGUGUUUAGAAAGACUGUGGAUGUACAAGACUGAACAAAGAUAUUCCACAUUACCAUCAGCACAAUUUAAAACAAAUACUACUGGUAAAAGUGCUGUGUCAGCUGCUUAUUCCAAGAAUAAUUAAGCUGUAUCCUUCUUGAUGUGGAAGAGAUAAGAAUAUGCAACAGUGUGCUUCUGGACUGUGCUUCCAGAGCUUUUUGGGAGCACAUUAAGGUUUUUCUAAAGGGAGUCUGUCUUUUCCAUAGCUAUGCCUUUGCAUUGUUUGUGAAUAGAGAGAAUUGGCCAGAUUUCCAUUAUACACAUUGAAACAAUGGUAAUUCAAUUUCAAAUUUGCCUUUGCAAUCACUAUAGAAAAGCAAGUAAGACUUCAAAUCAAAGGAAAUAUUUGGAAGACUUGAUGCGUUUUCCUGGAGUACACUAAGUGCAGUCAUUCUAAUUGUAAUAUUAACAUGCAGAAAAUAAGCUCGUACAAGUUCUUCAUUGCUCUUCCUCCACCAGCAUCAAAAGAGCAUAUUUGGGAGUUUUCUAAUCAUUCAAAAUAUAUUUCAAACGUAUGUGUUAAGUUUUGCAGUCACUGAGCCCUGCUUAAUUUCCCAGAAAU